UGGUUAGAAAAAUUAGCAAACGUGGUUUUUUUUUUUUUUUUUUUUUAAAUGUAAAUCACUUAAAUUUCACAUGGCAACAGCUUCAAGAGACCAAAUCUGAGGUUGACUUAAUAUAAUAGUAUAGAUAGAACUCAACAACAAACUGACAGAGUGGUGUUUGGCUCACCAAUUCGGUACUGUGAUAACUGCAAACGCUGUGAGAUUAAUACACUCACAUAACCCAUUCACAUUCACGUAGAGAGAGAAGCGUUUGAAUCGAUUGAUUUCUGCAGAGAGAGAGAGAAGAAAGAAUUUGAAUGGGCGGCGGCGGUGAAGAUGGAGGAGGGACAGCGUUGGAGUUCACCCCCACAUGGGUCGUCGCCGGCGUCUGCACUGUCAUUGUCAGCAUUUCCCUUGCCGUCGAACGCCUCCUUCACUUCACCGGAAAGUAUCUGCAGAGGAAGAAACGAAGGCUCCUCUUUGAAGCUUUACAGAAAGUCAAAGCAGAGUUGAUGGUGUUAGGGUUUAUUUCGCUACUUCUGACUGUAUUCCAAGGCAGUAUAAUCAAGAUAUGUGUUAAUCAGAGCGUUACCCAUCACCUCCUUCCUUGUAAGCUCUCAUCACAAUCUUCUUCCCACCAAGGAGAUUCUUCUUCUAACACCACUGAAACUACUUCCCAUCAUCGCCGUUUGCUCGCUGAACAAUUACGCGGGGCCAAUUACUGUGCUGCGAAGAAUAAGGUUCCAUUGUUGUCUGUUGAAGCAUUGCAUCAUCUACAUAUCUUUAUCUUUGUGCUAGCCAUUUUCCAUGUGACUUUUCGUGUUCUCACUGUUGUAUUUGGAGUGGCAAAGAUACGUCUAUGGAAGCACUGGGAAGACUCCAUUGCAAAAUAUAAUUAUGAUACAGAACAAGCUUUGGAACCUAAGCUCACUGAUGUCCAUCAACAUGACUCCAUCAAGGGUCGCUUUCCGGGUAUUGGUAAAAAUUCAGUUAUGUUGGGCUGGUUGCGUUCCUUUUUCAAGCAAUUUUAUGGAUCCAUCACUAGAUCAGACUACAUGACACUGAGACAUGGUUUUAUCAUGAAACAUUGCAGGGGAAACCCAAAGUUCGAUUUUCACAAGUUUAUGAUCUGUGUCCUAGAAGAUGAUGAUGAUUUUAAGAAAGCUGUUGGUAUAAGUUGGUACCUAUGGAUAUUUGUGGUCAUCUUCUUGUUGCUGAAUGUCAGUGGGUGGCAUAUGUAUUUUUGGAUAGCUUUCAUUCCUUUCAUUCUUCUAAUAGCUGUGGGCACUAAGCUGGAGCAUGUAGUCAGCCAGUUGGUUCGUGAGGUUGCAGAUAUACAUGUUGCAAUAGAAGGGGAAUUAGAAGUUCAUCCUUCAGACGAUCAUUAUUGGUUUCAUCAGCCCCCUAUUGUCCUUUACUUGAUACAUUUCAUACUAUUCCAAAAUGCUUUUGAAAUAGCAUUUUUCUUCUGGAUAUGGGUUCAAUAUGGUUGACUCUUGCAUAAUGGGACAAGUUCGUUAUAUAGUACCGAGGCUUGUUAUAGGGGUAUUCAUUCAGGACCUUCAGGUGCUCUGCAGUUAUAGCAUCCUACUACUGUAUGCCAUCGCAA